CAUGUGGUAUUGUGGUACAUAACAGUCUCUGAGAAGUAACAAUUAAAUUAGUGGAUGCUGGAUACGUUGCUCUCUAGUUCAGUUCAUUACAUUUCAUGUGAUUAUAUGGAAAAAGUAUGAAGAUUUUACAACUAUGCAAAAGCCAGUCCAACAAAACAUGUUCUUUUUUAAUGACACAGACUACUAUGUCUUCAGUGCGUUACGUGAAUACUUUGAAGGGUAAAAUAAUAGCAAUUAGAAGAGAAGAUCAAUCGGUAUGGGAAAGAAGAGCUCCUUUAGCACCCGCAAAUGUUCGCCGAUUAAUCAGAGCAGGUGUCAAAGUAAUCGUUCAACCUAGCAACAGAAGAGCAUAUCCUGCACAGUCUUAUCAAGCUGCAGGUGCUUUAUUGCAAGAAGAUAUCAGUUCUGCCUCUGUGAUUUUUGGAGUGAAACAAGUUCCUGUGGAUCAACUUAUAUCUAAUAAGACUUACUGCUUCUUUUCUCAUACUAUCAAAGCACAAGAAAGUAAUAUGCCACUGUUGGAUGCAAUUCUCGAAAAAAACAUACGUUUGUUAGAUUAUGAAAAAUUAACGGAUGACAAUGGACAGAGGGUAGUUGCUUUUGGAAAAUAUGCUGGUGUAGCUGGCAUGGUGAACAUAUUACAUGGACUUGGAUUAAGAUUACUUGCAUUGGGGCAUCAUACACCGUUUAUGCACAUAGGUCCAGCCCAUAAUUACAGAGAUUCUUCGAUGGCAAGGCAGUCAAUAAGAGAUGCAGGAUACGAAAUAGCAUUAGGAGCCAUGCCAAAAUCUAUUGGGCCAUUGACCUUCAUCUUCACUGGCAGUGGCAACGUUAGCCAAGGUGGCCAGGAGGUCUUCCAAGAACUUCCUCAUGAAUAUGUUCCACCCGAAAUGUUGAGAAAAGUAGCCGAACAUGGCGACCCAACAAAGAUAUACGGGUGCGAGGUAAGAAGGAGGCAUCACUUAGAACGGAAAGAAGGAGGUGGUUUUGACCCUGACGAAUAUGACAAGUACCCUGACAGAUAUAUUUCCACUUUCAGCAAAAAGAUUGCAUCGUACGCCUCGGUGAUAAUCAAUGGCAUAUACUGGGCCGUUGAUUCGCCGAAAUUAUUAACUAUACCUGAUGCUAAAUAUUUAUUGAGACCUGCUUACACUCCUUGGCUACCAACGAGUGUUGGGGCUCCUGCUUUACCCCAUAGAAUGCUAGCUAUCUGUGAUAUAUCUGCGGAUCCUGGAGGCAGUAUUGAAUUCAUGAACGAGUGCACAACCAUUGACACGCCAUUUUGUUUAUACGAUGCUGACCGUAACAAGGACACGAAAUCCUUCAAAGGGCCUGGAGUACUAGUCUGUUCCAUCGACAAUAUGCCGACACAACUUCCAAAAGAAUCGACUGAUUUCUUUGGAAACCUUUUAUAUCCUUAUGCCGUCGACAUUAUUAAAUCAGAUGCAAGAGUGCCAUUGGAAGAACACAAUUUCACUCCAGCUGUACACGAUGCCAUAAUCGCAUCCAAUGGACGAUUGACCUCUAAUUUCGAAUAUAUUCAAGAACUAAGAUUGCUGAAUCAACGUAGUAAACACAAGGCGGAUAAUAGUGAACUACAAAACAAGAAGGUCGUUGUCCUGGGUGCAGGAUACGUCUCAGCUCCCCUAGUUGAAUAUUUACAUAGGGACAGUAAAAUACAUUUAAUGGUAGCAUCUCAAUUAAAAGAAGAGGCUGAUGUAUUAGCAAAUAAGUAUCCCGGUGUGGAAUCAGUUUUAUUGAACGUAUUGGAACGACCUGACACUUUGAAGGACAUCGUUGAGACUGCGGAUGUGGUGGUUUCGUUGCUACCCUAUUCCCUGCAUCAUGUUAUUGGGGAUGUGUGUAUCAAGGCAAAAACUCACCUAGUCACAGCGAGUUAUACCAAUGAAGAUGUCAAAGCUUUACACGACCAGGCUGUAGCAGCGGACGUAACUAUACUCAACGAAGUAGGAUUAGAUCCUGGUAUAGACCACCUAUUAGCAUUAGAAUGUUUCGACAACGUAAGGCAAGCUGGUGGUAAAAUAGAAUCGUUCGUGUCCUGGUGUGGUGGUUUACCAGCACCGGAAUGUUCCAGCAAUCCUUUGCGAUAUAAAUUCAGUUGGUCACCCCGUGGGGUAUUGUUAAACACCAUGGCACCAGCGAAAUUCUAUCAUGAUAAACAGGUUGUUGAAAUUCAACCAGGAGGAGAUCUCAUGUCUGCUGCCCAGGAUUUAGACUUUUUACCUGGUUUCGCAUUGGAAGGUUUCCCAAACCGAGAUAGCACAAUUUACAAAGACUUAUAUGGGAUUAGCAAUGCUAGUACAAUGUUGAGGGGUACAUUGAGAUUCAAAGGUUUUUGUAACACCAUAAAAGCGUUACAAUAUCUCGGACUUACUGAUCCUAAACCACAUCCAUGUCUACACCCAAAUGGUCCAGAUAUUACAUGGAGGGUGCUUAUAUGUAAUUUACUUGGCUUAGCAAACGACAACAUAUUCUAUGAAAAUCUGAAAAGGAAAUUGGCAGAAAUGCUGAAUUCUGAAGAAAGUGUACAGGCAAUUGAGGAGUUAGGUCUUCUUGAAGAAGAUUUGGUGCUGAAAUUAAAUACACCCCUCGACACACUCACACAUUACUUGUCGAAAAAAUUGUGCUACGAGCCUAAUGAACGUGAUCUAGUAAUUUUAAGGCAUGACAUUGGCAUACUCUGGCCAGAUAGUAGAAGAGAGGUCAGGGGAAUUAAUUUAGUGGUGUAUGGAGAUGUAGAAGGAUAUUCUGCUAUGGCACGAACUGUUGGAUAUCCAACUGCUAUUGCAGUUAAAAUGAUUCUUGACGGUGAAAUUCAACAGAGAGGCGUGAUUCUUCCAUUUACUCCAGACAUCUAUCGACCCAUGCUCAACCGACUAAAAACCGAAGGAAUAGAAUUUUUCGAGACAUCGAAAUGGUUGUAAUCAUCUUUAACAACUGAUUUAUAAUAUAUUGUACAUAAAAUCAAAUAAUUUCGUUUAAAUAAAUAGAUUUUGUACUA